AUGCUGUGGGGAGUCGGGCUGGCGGCGCCUCGCUCCUGCGUGGCGGACUUGAGCCGCAACCGCAGCCUAUCGCUGGGCUGGUGCGCGGGGCCCGAGGAGCCGCCGCCCGCACUCUAUGGGGGCGAGCUGGUCGCCUUCCCGCUGGCGGGCGCGGGGGCGGGCGGCACCAUGGCGGCGCUGGGCUCCGACUCUUGGUGGAAGAAGACGCUGUACCUGACGGGCGGCGCGCUGCUGGCCGCCGCCGCCUACCUGCUCCACGAGCUGCUGGCCAUCCGGAAAGAGCAGGAGAUUGAUUCAAAAGAUGCUAUCAUACUGCAUCAGUUUUCAAGGCCCAACAAUGGCGUUCCAAGUCUGUCACCUUUCUGUCUGAAAAUGGAAACAUACCUAAGGAUGGCUGACCUACCCUACCAGAACUAUUUUGAUGGAAAACUUUCCCCUCAAGGAAAAAUGCCUUGGAUUGAAUACAAUCACAAAAAAGUGUCUGGCACUGAGUUCAUUAUCGACUUCUUGGAAGAGAAACUUGGAGUGAAUUUAAAUAAAAAUCUUGGUCCACGAGAAAGAGCUGUUUCCAGAGCAGUGACAAAGAUGGUGGAGGAGCAUUUCUAUUGGACUCUAGCUUAUUGCCAAUGGGUGGAAAACCUUCACGAGACGCAAAAGAUGAUUUCAGUUUACGGCCCCCUCAGUGAUCUGCUGAAGUGGAUUCUGUGCCAUCUGACCAAAGGGAUCGUGAAGCGGGAGAUGUACGGUCACGGAAUUGGCCGCUUCUCUGAGGAGGAGAUGUACACACUGAUGGAGAAGGACAUGAGGACUCUAGCAAGUCUCCUGGGUGACAAAAAGUACAUUAUGGGACCACACGUUUCCACUGUUGAUGCCACAGUUUUUGGUCAUCUGGCACAGGCCAUGUGGACACUACCAGGGACAAGACCAGAGAGACUAAUCAAAGGUGAACUCAUUAAUCUUGCUAUGUAUUGUGAAAGAAUAAGGAGGAAAUUCUGGCCAGAAUGGCACCACGAUGACGAUAACACUCUGUAUGAAUCUGAGGAAAGCAGUGACACAAGCAAGACUCACUCCCCCUUGCAGGACUUCAGUUUUUAUUCAAGGACAGAAACAUUUGAUGAGGAAGGGAACAGUAUUUCUCAUACUCCUGACACAGAUUACACUGGACACUCCCUUUUUGAUUCAGAUGUGGACAUGGAUGACUACAGGGAUCAUGAACAAUGCAAAUGAUGCGUACAAGCAUCUCUUGUUUUGCAGACAAGCUGUUUCUUGGGAUCAGUUGGAUUUAUUUUCUGCUCCAGGUUGGGAGAAGGUUGGUACCACCUCCAGGAGACCAUUGUGCUUGACUUGGCUGUCACUUGCUACCUGGACUAUCUCAACCUUAUUUCAUUCUGUGUAAUUGUUCAGGUGGAACCAAGGUAAACAGUUACUUAAAACACACCGUGGGCAGACUAGAGGUCCAGAUGACAACAGAAACUUUCAAUCUACAUUCUUGCUUCCAUUGAAAAACAGUUGAGUGGGAGAAACCUCCAGGAGGGGGAGUAUUUGGAAGCUGGUUUCUGUUGAUAUCUUUACAGGAAUGGGCCAAGGACAAAAGUGGAAGAGGCGUUACUGUCACACCUUUCUCAUGUGGAAGAAAAUUAUUGAUGCUGAUUUGGUGCAGUUUCAGGAAAGUUUUCAUAGCUUUCUGCAGUCUGGGUGAUCACAGAAUGUCUGCAGGAAUGAACUGCCCCUGGUUCUUUCAGAGACAGACAAGGAAGGUGGUAGGAAAAUGUGUUCCUACAAAAAGAAACAUUUUAGCAUUUCUUGUUCUUUGCAGAAGGUUGAAAUCACCUUCUAGAAUGUUUUUAUUCAAAUGAAGAAUGUCAGUUUUAAUGUAUAAUCACCCACACGCUAAUCUGGAAAGUGUGUUGGCCGAAGCCUGGCUUCAGGCCUUUAAAUUUCUUCUGUGUUUUUGAAUUAUUAGAUGUUUGUACUUCCUGCCACCAGCUGCUACUGAUGUAGAGAAAUGGGAUUCAUUACUGAAAGCCUGGAGCAUCUCAGCAGUGGGUGCUUUGUGUUCUUUAUGCAAAGACACAUCAGACCUUUAAAGUUUGCAAAGAAACUUGAAGUGUUUUUAGGUGUGAGGUGCUCUGUAAAUAUAAGAUGUUAUCCUGCAAUCAUAUGCUUUAGAGCUGGCUGGGAUGGUGGGCAUUUGCUGGCUUAUAAUGCACAGUUCCUAAAGGCAGUGUGUGGAAGCAAGUUGUGAGACUACAGUGGCAUCACCACGUAUUCUGUGAGGAUUUGCAAGAGUUGAAAUAGUGACUGGGGUUGAUCAUAAGGCCUCUUUGAUGGCAUACUUGUGAAUCUGGAGAACCAAAGCAAGAAUAGCUGCACAGGUGCUGAUGUGCUCUGCUGUCGGUGUGAAGAUAAGAAUGGAUCCACAGGGUUGGCCCACCUGUUUGAAGUUAAGCAUCUACACCUGUGUUGCUUGGUAGUGAGUGGUUGAUUUUAGUGAGAGAAAGCAUAUGGAAAUUACAGAUGAUCCUGGUCUUUGUAGAAGUGUAUAAAAUCAAGUUUUGUCUGUAUAAGUUGGUGGUAGCCUGUUGAAAUUAGUUUAAUCAGGACUUUUUCACUGAGUUACAUUUCCAUGAAUCACAACCUCUCAGCAGAAAUUUUGUCAUAUGUUGAUUCUGAGAAUCAGGCAGGACACAACUACUUUAUGAUGUUAGUUGCUGAUGGUCCUAGUAGUCUGGAGCUUGAACUAACUCCAGCUUUCAAAGAACGUGUCCCUUUUCUGCUAUAGAGUGUCUUUGACAGGAAGAAGCUUGUUGUAGGAAACACCCAGCUAGCCGUGGCUCUGCAAGCAGAGGGGACAAAGCUGCAGUGAAUUCCUAUGUCUCUUCCAUGUCUGAGAGCUACUGCGAUGAGAGCAGGCAGUUUGGUCUGAGGUGAGCACAAACUUGCAUCUGUUUCCUAAAUUCCCAACACGUUUGCUUGAAGCUGUGCUCCAGCCUCUAUAAUCAUGGGCAAAUCUCUAUUGUCGUGUUUGCAAAAAGAAAAUGAACCAAAACUGAGGAGGGGGAAGGUAUGAUCCAGUUACCUGGGACCCUUCUUAGGAAACUAAGCACAGGAACAGGUCACAAGGACAUGAGUCUUGAAAGCACAAGGGGUGAUGGUCUGACAUGCCCGCGAAACUUUGCAGGUAAGUCAGGGCAGAUGCAAACAUUUAGGUACUGAUAUUCUGGAUAAAAAGCAUCUGCAUCAAGAAGCUCCUCUUAAAAAUACUCAUGAUUUGGGAAUUCUGGUAGAGACGUUCUCGUUUGUUUAUCCAUCUUUUCAGCAUUAGGAGAGUGUGUUUUCAGGUAUGGAGCCCCUGCUGGCACCACAUGAAUCUCAGCAGUGAGUCAUGGUUAUUGAAAGAUCAGCCUGAGUUCAUUGGACAAAGUCGUAUUAAUAAUUUUCCUGGGCUGACGGUCUGUCGGUGACAGCGAUGCUUGGGGCAUCCCAAAAGGCAAACUGGUCAGAAGCCAGUGAUGUAAUUUUGCCCUCUCAUAUGUAAGCAGCUGCGUUUGGAUAUCACAUGGCAAUAUGUGGCAGUGGGCACAGAAAUUGGCAUCACUGCCAUGGUACAAAGCUGGUGUCAUGUUGUGGCCUUCUAACAUCUGAAAGUUUUCUUGGUGAGCGCCCGGUGCUUUAUUGUACAUUGUAGGGCAUGUGUAUGCAUUUAUAUAUAUACACACAUAUAUAUGCUAUUAAAAAUACGUGUGUGCAUAUAUAAAAAUAGGUGAGUCAAUAUAUGUAUGUUUUGGUGCCAAAAGAAGCAGUAUGGUAGAAAUAAUCUGAGGAUUCGUCCUCAGCAGAGCCUUGACUUCGCUUUGGUAAGCGUGGUGAUGGGCUUUGUUGCAGAAAAGUGAAACACAGUGGAUCUGAAGGGGCUGUGGAGGGGGGAAGGAACUUUUUGUUGUCAGCUGAUAUUUUUUUCAGUGAGGUAAUCAUUUGGGUGAAUGUAUUUUGUAGUGUGUCACAUGCCUUCCAUGUCUUAGGAACUACUCAGGUUAUUUUAGAGAAGUUACUCAAUAAGUAGCUUUCUCCUUAUGACAGCUAUUCUAGGUACUGUGUUUCCGUGUUUGGCUGUGUUUCAAACUAGAGGUGAAAUUAGAAAACAGCAUUUAUUUAGGAAUUAGUGUGUAUAGUAUUUUGUCAAGGUCUGGUAGUAUAUCCUUGAGUUAAUUUAUCCUUUCCAGAAACAAAUAUUGACCGUUAGACCUGUGUUAAGGAUUUAAUCCAAGCCUUUCUCUUUUGGAAGCUGGCCUUGACAAAAUAUUUAUGGGGGAAAAAUGUUUAGAAAAAGAAAUUGCUUUGUUAACAUCCAUGAGAAAGUGUUGUCUUGGUUUGCGGGGUAAUAGUGGACAAGAGUUGUCUUUAACAAAAAUGAAAGUUUUCAACAUUUUGCUAAAAGGGCCAUGUUUCCUUAGUCCUGCAAAGGUUUUCUCCCCUUGCUCAUUUCUUUUUUUUUUCAUCUCCACGAUUGAAGGGCUGUGCAAACCCUACAAACUGUCUGCAAGCAUCUUAGAAUCACAUGGUUGGAAGGGACUCACGGUGAUAUCACCAAGUCCAACUCCUGGCUCCACGCAGCACCACCCAGAAUUCAAACCCUGUGGUUGAGAGCAUUUUCCAAAUGCUUCCUGAACUCCGGCAGCCUGGGGCUGUACCCACUGCCCUGGGCAGCCUAUUCCAUGCCCACUGAUCUGUGGUGAGGAACUUUCCCUAAUGCCUAUCCCAACCCUCCCCCCAUGCAGCUCCAUGGCUCUUUAUUUCCCUUGGGCUCUUCAUUUUAUUUCCUCUGCUUUUUUUCUCCCCUGAUCAAAACCGCAGCGGAAGUCUGCUUCAAGCACCCCGCAGGCCCUCACAGUGGUGCUGCAGGGGCCAGGAAAUCGUGUGGCACCGCAGUGCCUGGAACCACCCAGGAGCACCGACUGCCUGCUGUGUGAGGUAUGAGGGCCUUUUGAAGCCGAAGGGUGGAAGUGACCACGAUGUUGUGCCUGAGAUGAUGCAGACCCUGCAAGUUUCUUAGCGACUGGGGUCGUCUUGUAGGGCAGCGUUAGAAAGGGUGUCAUGAGAGCCAAGUGCAUGGGAGGUGCUGGAGAGCAGAGCUGGUGGUGGUCCCAGCCAUGACUGCGGGCUGACCUGGGGAAGCAGCAGGGUGGCAUGGGAGCAGGCAGUGUGUGUGAGGGCCAUCGUUCAUCAGUAGGGAGAGGCUCUUUGUCUUCACUAUGGGACAGUGUGGUUGCACCGUUGUCUUAUUUUGAACACUGCCAAAUACUGAGUAUUCUAUUUAUUAGUGCUGCUGUGAGGGAAUGAUAAUUGGUCUUCUCUCCCUCAUUUAGCGAAUGGGAAUUAAAAAAAUACUCUGUGUUCCCACUGUAGUUAAAUUUAAAGCAGCCUGGUUUGUGGGUUUUUAAUUAAAAAAAUUCUUCUUGAACUGUGAAUUGCAGUGCUAGAUUGCAUAACACUGUCACGUCAGGAUGGAUUUGUGUGUCAGUGUCAGCAUUGCUGGCUCUGUCAGCAGAGCUCACUGUUACCAAGUGGGAAAAUAGAUGCUGGGCUCUAUAGGUCAUACAGAAAUUGUACAAAUGUGGUGCUUGAUUUAAGAACCAAACCAAACCUGAUGUUUCAGAUCUGGAGGACUGUUCCCAUCCAAUUACAACACUGCAAGUCACACGUUUUGAUCUUUAAAGCCUUGGCAACGUCCCUCCAGAUCUGUAUUCUCUUUGAAAAAAUAUUGCCUGAAAUAUUUCUGCAGCAAUAGUUCAGGCACAAAUUUCCUUUUGUCAGUGAUGUCUGCUCAAGUAAUCAUGACAGCUUCAUACUGUUUUCAUUGAAAGGGUUGUAUCUGUCAGAUACUGAGCUGUACAAAAUACUGCCUUCUGGAAAACUGUGUUAUGUGCAGAUUUAUGCAGGGCAGCUUACCAAGCAAAAUUUCUAUGGCAGGGGAUGAAUUCAAGUGGGUCUUGUCCUUAGAUGUUUGAAGAAUUUGAAUCCGUUUCCUGGCAAACUCCUUUAGUCUAACCCCUCCAUCACCAAAUACUGCAAAAUUAUAAAUCAGGCCUAUAAUCAAUCAAAAUAAAGCAAAUUAUGGUCUUUAAAUGCAGAGUUAUGUUGAACAGCCCUGUAGCUGGUAUAUGGAAAUGAAUAUAUGUAGUGUAGGGGUGAGUCAUGCCCAUAUCUGUCAGUGGCUGUGAUCUGGAGGAACAUCCAAGCUGCACUGUCUGAUCUGUGGACAAGGAGGAUUAGAGGGACCUUUGAAUGGCCACAGUGAUUCUCAGCAGCAUAUCAGUGCUGCUGUAUCUGUGUGCGCUGCGCCGUGCUUCAGCUGCUUGUUACCACUGAGGACGUAGUGGAGGGGCUUUCUUAAUGCUGUGCUCAGGUGGGGCUGCUGCUGUGCUGUUGUCCCGUACUCAGGCUGUGUUCUGUGUCCUUGUGGUAAAGGCAAGAAUCCCUUUUGAUCUGGCUCCUUUAUAUGGCACUGCAGUGGCUGUGGCUUCCUUCUGAUGGUGCCCAGGAGGGUGUGUGGGCCAUUGUGACCCACUGGUGUCCUGUCAAGGGGAGAGCUUCAUCACCCCAUACUGUGUGGGCCUCCUGACGGUGAAAUGGGUGCGUGGAGUUUCAGGCUAGUGACCUCAAUCUUUACAGCUUCACCUUAAGUGAGAAAAGCAUUGCAGCACGGAUCGGCUCUGUCUCAGCAAUUUUGGGCAGUGCUCUCUGAUGGCCAUUGUGAAGAGCUUUUCUUGCACGCCUUCCCCACGCGCUAACAUGAAGAACUUCUCAGCAGAGAUUUUCACAGGUCCCUGAGGUGUUUGGAAAGAAAUGGGAUGUCUGUGUGCAGUAUGGGAAUCCUAAUCACUGAAAACGUUCAGUGAGUCACUGUGGUGCUGAGCUGUGAGUACUGUAUCCUUGUUUGCCCAGCUGGCAGAUUUUGAGGCCAGAGAUAGUUAUGGACGUUGAGUGUGACUCAUACGUAAAAAGGACCCUAGAAUUUCAUCUUAAAGAUUUCCACAUCCAGCUCAACAAACUUAAGCAGAAAUAGAGCAUCUGCUUCCAAAAGGCAUUCAGCUUCUGCAGAACAGCAAGAUCCUGCCCCUUUGAAGUUACUGGCAGAAGUGCCAUUGGCUUCAGAAAGGCCAGAGGUUUCCAACUGGGCUUCCAAGUGACCCAGAAUUUAUCACUUCUUUCAGUCCUUUGCUGAGUCUUGGAAGCCCUCAUGUAGAAAUUUACCUUACCAGGGCUGUUCACUAGAGGAAGGCAAACAAGAUGUGACACUGGUUGGUUGUUUUUUAAACUCUUAAAAAAAAAAAAAAAAAAAAUCUUUUUAAGCUUCAUCUGUUGUGAUGAUAUUGUCACUGGGCACAGUGUAUACUCUUUCCUUGCUUUUUAAUUUGUUCUUAAGAGUGGUCUUCUCUUGAUUGUACAGGUUUUUAUUUUUCAGAAUACUUGAAGAAUGCGGGCCCCAAAGUUUUAAUGUUCAAGGUGCAAAAUCAGCCAAGAACAAAGCAUAUAUGGGUGUGUAUGGGGGAGGGAUGUAUUCAGCUCUGUACAGUGUACAAGGUUUUCCUAACAAAGUGGAGUAACACAUUGCUAAAUGAAGACUUUAGUGCUGUAGCUGCAUUGUGUUGUUUGUUGAUGAAUUCACAAGACAUGCAUUAUUUUAGCACUGUUAUUAUUACUAGUUUACAAAGCCAUAUUUAAAAUUGUACACUUAAUUGUAACAUAACUUUAAAUUGUGUACUGUGUUGA